AUGAAACAUAUUUCGACCUUGGCACUCGCUGCCAGCACCAUCAUUGGAGCCGAAGCCAUCAACCUACAAAAACGUUCGAAUGGCGCACCAAAGGUUGUCGAGUACGAGAUCGAGAGAAAGACGGUCGUCAACCCCCUGAAGAGAGACCGUCUACGAAGACGCCAAAACACCAUUAGCGAAGACUUGGACAACGAGCAAACACUUUACUUUGCCAACGCCUCCAUCGGAACACCGGCGCAGUCCUUCAGGCUUCACAUCGACACCGGAAGUAGUGAUCUCUGGGUCAACGUCGCCACCUCGUCGCAGUGUGAAAACACGCAACAGAACGACUGCUCCAUCUCCGGCACAUACGCUCCCAACUCGUCCUCGACAUAUGAAUAUGUCAACAGUCUGUUCAACAUCUCAUACGUCGAUGGCUCCGGUUCAUCGGGCGACUACGCUACCGAUGUCUUCCGCAUCGGUGGUGCCGAGCUUCAGAACCAGCAGCUCGGUAUCGGCUACGUGUCGAGCUCAGAGGAGGGCAUUCUUGGAAUUGGCUACCCCACCAACGAGGCCAUCCUCCAGUACUCGAGAGAGUCUUAUGUCAACGUACCUCAGCACAUGAUGCAGGCUGGACUCAUCAACACCAAUGCAUACAGCUUGUGGUUGAACGACCUUGAUGCCUCCAAGGGUUCCAUUCUCUUCGGUGGUGUCAACACUGAGAAAUACACCGGAUCCCUCCAAACCCUGCCUAUCAUCCAAGAGCAGGGCAUCUACGCCGAAUUCAUCAUUGCCCUGACCGGUGUUGGCUACAACGGCAACGACAACUCCAUCGCAUCCAACCUGAACACCGCUGCCCUGCUCGACUCGGGCUCCAGUUUGAUGUAUCUCCCCAACGACGUCACCGAGUCCAUUUACCGUAUGACCGGCGCCAAAUACAGCCAAGAAUACGGCGCCGCCUUCAUCGACUGCAACAUGCGCUACAACGACACCACCAUCGACUUCACCUUCUCCUCCCCCACCAUCCGCGUCAGCAUGUCCGAGCUCGUCCUCGUCAUGGGCUAUCAAGGCCGCACUCCCUUGUGUAUCCUCGGUAUUGCCCCCGCUGAUGGCACAACUCCCGUUCUCGGCGACACCUUCUUGCGCUCUGCCUACGUCGUUUACGACAUCACCAACAAUGAGAUUUCGCUGGCUCAGACAAACUUCAACAGCACUGGCAGCAACAUCAUGGAGAUCACCAACACUAGCAUUCCUGACGCCACUGGUGUUGCCUCAGCGGUCACGUCCGUGUCUGAACAGACUGGUGGCGCUAGACUUGGUGGUGUGCCUUCGGGCAGCGUUACCAGCAGUGGUAUCGGUGCUGUUAUUACACCCGGGCCCAAGGGUGUUGCUGCCCUUGCUGCUGUGGGUGCUGCUGCUUUGUUUGCUUUGUAA